AUGUUGAGCAGAAACUCUGGUAAAAUCGUCCGUUCGCUCGUCUCAAAGCGUUCUGCUGCUGUGAGAUGUUCAUCAUCAGCAUUGCCAUCUUCUUCUUCCGUUCUUUCAAAGAAUUCUUGUUCAUCAUAUCAACAACAACAACAAUUGAUUGCUAAUUUCUCAUCACAACUAUUUGUUAGAAAUGAAAAGAAGGAUGUUAUUGAUGAUGAUGUUUUUGAGGAUGCCGAAGUCAAUGAACUCAAGGAAGAAAAUAUUAUUAGAGAAACUGAACACAUUGUUGGUGCCAAGGAAAAUAAGACUUUUGAAACUGAAACUAAACAACUUUUACACAUUGUUGCUUCUGCUCUCUAUACUGACAAGGAAGUCUUCAUCAGAGAAUUAAUUUCAAAUGCUUCCGAUGCUUUGGAAAAGGUUAGAAGAAUGAAUCAAGUUUCACCAGACAAGGUUGAUGAUCCUUCAAAGGAAUUAUCUGUCCAAAUUUCUUGUGAUGAUAAGAAUAAUAUUUUCGUCAUUCAAGACUCUGGUAUUGGUAUGUCCAAGGAAGAAUUAAUCAAGAAUAUUGGUACUAUUGCUCACAGUGGUUCUCGUGCCUUUGUUAAACAACUUAAGGAAGCUUCCGAUAAGGGUGAAGCUACAUCCAACAUUAUUGGUCAAUUUGGUGUUGGUUUUUACAGUACAUUCAUGGUUGCUGAUAAGGUCCGUAUUUAUACUAGAUCUGCUAUCAAAGGUCAACCUGGAUAUUGUUGGGAAAGUACUGGUGAAGGAAAUUACACAAUUUCCGAAGCUGAAGGAGUUGCCAGAGGUACAAAGAUUGUCAUUUAUUUGAAGAAGAAUGAAAAGGAAUUCUCUUUCAAGGAUACUGUUCAAAAGAUUAUUCAAAAGUACAGUAACUUUGUCUCUUAUCCAAUCAUUUUGAACGGUGCCAAGGUCAAUACUCUUGAUGCUGUCUGGUUGAAGAGCAAGAACUCUGUCACUGCUGAAGAACAUCAAGAAUUCUACAAGUAUCUUUCACACUAUGGUGGAAACCCACUCUAUAUUCUCCACUUUAACUUGGAUAUUCCAUUGAAUAUGAAUGCCUUGUUCUACGUCCCAGAUCACCACACUGAAUCAUUGGGUAUGGGUAAGAUGGAACCUGGUGUCAAUGUUCACAGUAGAAGAGUUUUGAUUCGUGCCAAGCAUCCAGAUAUUCUCCCAGAUUGGUUGAGAUUCUUGAAGGGUGUUGUUGACUCUGAAGAUUUACCAUUGAACAUUUCCAGAGAACACUUGCAAGAUUCUCCACUCAUUCAAAAGAUUAAAUCUGUCCUCGUUAAGAGAAUUACCAAAUUCUUCAAUGACAUGAUGAAGCAAGAUCGUGAAAAGUACAUUAGUUUCUAUGAAAAGUUCAACAAGUUCAUUAAGGAAGGUGUUGUCACUGAUUACAUGUAUAAGGAUGAAGCUGCCAAAUUGCUCAUGUACGAAUCAUCUGCCUUACCAAAGGGUGAAAAGACAACAUUGGAAGAAUAUAUUAACAGAAUGGGAACUGAACAAAAGACAAUUUACUACCUCAUUGCUCCAACUAGAGAAUAUGCCGAAAACUCUCCAUACUUUGAAGUUUUCAAGAAGAAGGGUAUCGAAGUCUUGUUCGGUUAUGAUGGACCUGAUGACUUUGUCUUUGGUUCAAUUGGUUAUUUCAAUGGUAAGGAAACUAAGGCCAUUGAUAGAGCUGAAUUGGAAGAUGAUGAAGCUGACAAGACAUCUGGUGAAAAUGAACUCUCUGAAAUUCAAUCUAAGGAAUUGUGUGAAUGGUUCCAAACCUCAUUGAAGGAUAAGGUUUCAUCUGCCAAGAUCUCUAAGCGUCUCUCAACAACUCCAGCUGUCAUUAAGAAUCCAGAAAAUGCCUCCCUCAGAAUGAUUCGUAAAUUGCAAAAUCAAGAUAUUGCCCUCUCUCCACAACAAGUUGAAAUCAAUCCUCGCCAUCCACUCAUCAUGAAACUCUUCAAUGCCAAGUCAGCUAAUCCAGAUUUGGCCAAGCUUGUUGCUGAACAAAUCUUUGAUAAUGCUCUCAUCAGUGCCGGUUUAUUGGAUGAUCCAAGAUCAAUGGUCAAUAGAUUGCAAAACUUGAUGGAAUCCUCUUUGAAGAGCUUUUAAAUUUUGAUAAACACAUGAAAUUAUAAU